CCGGCAAUCACCACUUACCAUUGACACAAUCAGGAUAUAAUUAGUCCUCAUCAUCGUGGUCAUGUAUUCCAUUCCCCCAGUUUCAUCAUGAUCUUCAACAAAGUGGGGUACGUAAGAAGGGGGAUGGACUACCUAUGGAUCACGACAUUCUCUAGGCACGUCUGAACUGGAUCAGUUCCUGACCGCGUGUGUCCGUGACACCUCCACAACAUUCUGGCCCUCGAGUCAGUGUGAUUGAACAAUUAAAACCCCAUCAAACAUCUCAAUCAAUCAAAAGUCGUAAUUAAUCUGGAGCAAAAAUCGUGACUUUUCUACGACUCAGUGAUCUUAUCGGGCUCCAUUAAUCGCUGGAUACGAUGCUUAUGUUAAAAAUUCUGGGCUUGCUGGUCACUGGAGCUGCUACCACGUGUGCAGCUCCACUCGCCACUGUUCACGUCAGGUUUGUAUCGCCACCGCAUUAUCACGAGCACGAGCUCACGACUGAUGGGGGUGGUACAGUCGUUCAGAAGAAUUUCCUCAGUAUCGGAAGACAACACCCCUCAUUUGGUGAGAGGUUGUCAGGACCAUUUCGCAAAUCCCGAGUGAUUACCCCCCAGAAUGCUCAGUCCCUGUGGCCCGUGGGUGUCUUUGUACCCCCCCUGGACACCAACGACCUCGGCAUCAGCUCAGAAGACGCUUAUCACACCCCAGACUUCUCAAACGGUCUAGAUCACCCUGAUCCACUUUUGCUAACUGGAGAAGCGGCAAUGAUAGCUGUCAGAUAUUUGUACGGUCACGGUGAGUUAUUUUUCCACGAGAUUCCCCACGUGCGUGCAAUACUGCGGAAUCAGGAGGAGAGACGAUCGAACGGUCUUCACGAGAACAUUCUGAAGAGCCUCAGGCCCGCCUCGCCCUUCUACAGCAAUCAUGGGCAUUGAGACUGAUCCAA